UGCUUUUUGAAUUCGGUCAAUUGAAUCAUUUUUCUUAAAAAUGUACAUACAACAAAAUCAUUACAAAUUAAAAAACUAGAACAAGAACAAAAUAAAAAUGUUUAAACUAAUAUCCAAAAUGGGCUGUAUAUCAGCCAAACCAAUAAAACAUCCAAAAAAACCAUUACCAACAAUACCGAAUAAUAGUAAUGCAAAUAAUGAACAACAACAAAAUGGUGUGGAUUUCAAUCAACAACAACAAAUUGAUGAUAAGCAACAACAACAACAGAAUCCAUAUUUAAAAGCAUCAUCAAAUCGUACAAAUUCAAUUUCAAUGAAAAUGAAUAGUAAUAAUAAUAAUUCUAUAUGUGAAUCUAAUAAUAAUAAUGAUAAUAAUAAUCGACCAUUACCAAUAACAAUUAUUGGUGGUUCGGGUAAAUUAUCCGGUAAUAAAAAAUCAAUAUUUUCAAUUUCACCAUCAUCAUCAUUACCAUCAACAACAGUAACAACAACAACUACGACGACGACAAUAUCAACGGCAUCAAAUUUACCAUUAUCAUCAUCAUCAUCCGUACAACCGAAUAGUCGUAAAGAAUCGUUAGCAUUACAACCAUUUAAUCGAACAUUACCGAUUCCUAUGAAUAAUAUCAAUGAAAAUACAUCAAUAUCAUCAUAUAAUAAUAAUAAUAAUAAUAAUUCUCAUUUACUUCAACAACAACAACAUCAACAACAGCAAUCAAAUUCAAAUAAUCCAAAAAUUGUUAUCGCUUUAUAUGCAUAUGAAAGUCGUGAUGAUGGUGAAUUAUCAUUUGAAAAGAAUGAAAAAUUAGUCAUACUGGAUGAUACUGAACCGGAUUGGUGGCUGGCAUAUAAAUUAACACAACCUGAUCGUAAAGGUUAUAUACCGAUGAAUUUUGUUGUUUCCAAUGUAAUUGAAACGGAAGAAUGGUUUUUUUCGAAAAUAUCACGACGUGAAGCUGAACGUUUAUUAUUAUUUGGUGAAUUUCCACGUGGUACAUUUUUGAUUCGUAAUAGUGAACAAGAUCCAGGAUGUUUUUCACUUUCGGUUCGAGAUUUUGAUGCAAUGAAAUUAGAUCACGUUAAACAUUACAAAAUUCAAACUAAACCAAAUGGUGAUUUUUUUAUUACAUCAAGACGUUCAUUUGUAAAAUUACAGGAUCUUGUUGAACAUUAUUCAACCGCUAGUAAUGGUUUAUGUUAUCGAUUAACAAAACCAUGUCCAAAAUUAGCACGUGCUGUUGUUGGACCAUCAGUACGUACCGAUGAAAUUGAUCGUCGUGAUUUACGUUUAAUACGUGAACUUGGUUCGGGUAAUUUUGGUAAAGUUUUUUAUGGACUUUAUCGUGGUCAAACACAAGUUGCAAUUAAAACAUUAAAACCUGGUUCAAUGUCUGUGUCGGCUUUUCUACAGGAAGCAGCAAUAAUGCGUCGUUAUCGUCAUGAAAAAUUAGUACCAUUAUAUGGUGUAUGUUCAACUGGUAGGUCUCAACCAUUAUUAAUUGUAACAGAAUUUAUGUCAAAAGGAUCAUUGUUAAAUUAUUUACGUGAUCAUCCAGAAUCAUCAACAUUAACAAUAAUCGAUUUGAUUGAUAUGUCAUCACAGAUUGCAUCCGGUAUGGCAUAUUUAGAAAAAGUAAAAUUAGUACAUCGUGAUUUAGCUGCACGUAAUUGUUUGGUUGGUGAAAAUCGUGUUGUAAAAGUUGCCGAUUUUGGUCUAGCUAGAAUUAUUGAAGAAGAUUAUUAUAUUGCACAAGUUGGUGCAAAAUUUCCAAUAAAAUGGACAGCACCAGAAGCUGCAAGUAAAGGAAAAUUUACAAGUAAAUCGGAUGUAUGGUCAUUCGGUAUAUUAUUAUAUGAAUUAGUAACAAAAGGACAGGUACCAUAUCCAGGUAUGAGUAAUCGUGAUGUAUUGGAACAAGUUGAUCGUGGUUAUCGUAUGCCAAAACCAAAAAAUGCUGAUUGUCCAAAUUCAUUAUAUCAAAUUAUGUUACAAUGUUGGGAAAAAGAUCCAGAAAAACGUCCAACAUUUGAAUAUCUUUAUAGUUAUUUUGAUGAUUUUUUUGUCGCUACUGAACCACGUUAUCGUGAUGCUGAUGAUUUUUCACAACAACAAUAUGAAACACAUAAAAUAUUAUCAUCAACACAACAACAACAACAACAACAACCACCACUAUCACCUAAACAAACAACAAAUCCAAUACUUAAUAACAGAACAGUUAUUGAUUGUUCCAAAAAUGAAUGAAUAAAUGAAACAAAAACAAAACAAUUUUCUUCAAAAUGAAAUAAAAAUUGAUUUUUAUUAUAA